AUCCCACCUUUACCAUCUCAAACACCAAUUUUUUCAUCUUGACUUCAAUCUCUUCCUCCACCCCCUCUAAAUCACCUCCAAAACCUGUCGCUAACUCAUCUCCGGAUACUCCAGCAAUUGGCCAGUCCUGACGCCAAUCUAGCCUACCCCCGCAACUCCUGAACUGCGAUCCGGAUCGCCGCCCAUCAUGGCUUCCGCAUUGAAAGCUAUUCCUGCCCACCUCCGUCCCUCGGGCGCGACCUCCAACGGUAGCAACGGAGCUUCUGGUGAAAAGAGACACCAUGGAAAAUCACAGUCUCAUGUGGCGUUCGAGAACACCUCCACCAACGUGGCGGCCAGCCAGAUGCGCAAUGCCCUCAACAACCUCGCAGACAGUGUCAAGGACCCUGCAGAGAAAAAGAGAUUCGAGGCGGAAAUGGACAACUUCUUUGCUCUCUUCAGAAGAUACCUCAAUGACCGGGCCAAGGCAAACACCAUUGACUGGGCCAAGAUCAACCCUCCCAACCCCGAGCAAGUCGUCUCCUACGAUGAACUGCCCAACAGUGAUGCCGUUGAGUUCUUGAACAAGCUCGCGGUUGUUAAGCUCAACGGUGGUCUGGGUACAUCCAUGGGUUGUGUCGGCCCCAAAUCCGUCAUUGAAGUCCGAGAUGGCAUGUCCUUCCUCGACUUGUCCGUCCGCCAAAUCGAAUACCUCAACCGCACCUACGAUGUCAACGUGCCUUUCGUCCUGAUGAACAGCUUCAACACCGAUGAAGAUACUGCUUCCAUCAUCAAGAAAUACGAAGGCCACAACAUUGACAUUCUCACCUUUAACCAAUCUCGAUAUCCUCGUGUCCUGAAGGACUCUCUUCUCCCCGCACCCAAGGACUACCACUCUCAGUUGUCGGACUGGUACCCUCCUGGCCACGGUGAUGUGUUCGAGUCUCUCUACAACAGCGGCAUCCUCGAUCAGCUUCUUGAACGAGGUAUCGAGAUCAUCUUCUUGUCCAAUGCCGACAACCUCGGUGCCGUUGUUGACCUCCGCAUUCUCCAACACAUGGUCGAGACCAAGGCCGAAUACAUCAUGGAGUUGACCGACAAGACCAAGGCUGACGUCAAGGGUGGUACUAUCAUCGACUACGAAGGCAAGGCUAGACUGCUUGAAAUUGCUCAGGUCCCCAAGCAGUACGUCAAUGAAUUCAAGUCUAUCAAGAAGUUCAAGUACUUCAACACCAACAACAUCUGGAUGAACCUCCGAGCCAUCAAGCGUGUUGUGGAAAACAAUGAGCUUGAAAUGGAGAUCAUUCCCAACGAGAAGUCUAUCCCAGCGGACAAGAAGGGUGAAGCCGACGUCAGCAUCAUCCAGCUGGAAACCGCUGUUGGUGCCGCCAUCAAACACUUCAAGAAUGCCCAUGGUGUCAACGUUCCUCGAAAACGAUUCUUGCCCGUCAAGACUUGCUCUGAUCUCAUGCUUGUCAAAUCUAAUCUCUACACAUUGAGCCACGGUCAAUUGCUCAUGGACCCCAACCGAUUCGGUCCUGCGCCUUUGAUCAAGUUGGGUGGUGACUUCAAGAAGGUUGCUCAAUUCCAGAAGCGAAUUGGUAGCAUUCCCAACAUUGUUGAAUUGGAUCAUUUGACCGUCACUGGUGAUGUCAACUUUGGUCGCGGUAUUGUUCUCAAGGGUACUGUUAUCAUCGUUGCCACCGAGAACAGCACCAUCGAUAUCCCACCUGGAUCCAUCCUCGAGAACGUUGUGGUUCAAGGAAGCUUGAGAUUGCUUGAACAUUAAACGUGGAAAUGGAUUAUGUGUGCGAUGAGAAAUCAGCUUACAAGAGUCAAUAUGACAUCAUCCCGUUGUCGUUGAAG